AUGGACUUGUUUGUCUGGCCUGGUGUCAAGGGUCUUGAUUCCUUUGAUACUGAUUGUCUAGUUGUCUUGACUUAUCUUCGUUUAGGCAAGUGUCGCAUAAAUCUCAAUACUUGCAGGGAAUACAACAAUGAAACAAUAGAAAAUACUCCAUUUCUUGCUCAUGGAAAUAACGAAAUCGCCGGAGUUUCGAAUAUCAUUGAGUAUUUGCGGAAGGAAAACUAUGGAUUAGAAUAUGAUUUAUCUGAAGAGGAGAGAACUCGACUUGAUUCUCUAAUCGCAUCAGUUGAGCGACGUAUUGCGCCAGCAUGCCGGUGGUUUCUCUGGGCUGAUCCAAAUGUUUACGGAUACUAUACUUCUCCCCUUUAUCGAGCUCAUCUUUCUUUUCUUCAGGGUCUUUGGUAUCCACGUCGAUGGCGAGAUCAGUUCAUAGAAUCUGCUAAAUUUUCUCAACUAGUUCUCAGUACUGAUCGCGUUAAUUCAAGAAAUCAGAACAAAGGAGUUGAAUCUACGCUUUAUGAGGGUGCAAGGCGAUGUCUAACUGCUCUUUCAUAUAUUCUUGGCAAAAAUCAAUACUUUCUCGGUGAUAGACCAUCAGCUAUCGAUGCCUACAUUUUUGGGCGCCUAUGGCCUCUACUUAAUUACGAUCGGAUGUGUCGAUCUACCAUCACGGGCAAAACUCCCCAUAGAUUAGUUUCUUACGUGUAUCAAAAUGAAAAUCUUAUCAACCUUUGUCGUAAUAUCCAACGCACUUGUUUUCCUGCUGCUGCUAGCACCUUUCGGUCUUCGCUAAAUGAAAGGGCAGAAGGUGAAGAAAACCUUGGCACAAGUCGUUGGUGGUUUCCCACGUAUUUUCCAGGCAUGAACACAAACAUUCCGUCCAUAUUGCCGGCUUGUUUACUCCCCUACCGAGAUGUCAUAAUCUUUGGGUCUCUAUCCUUGGCUCUCUUUGGAACCUUUGCUGUUGCCUCGGGUUAUAUUGGAUUUGAAGAAGAGGAGGGUCAGGGUUAUGACGACGUUGGUGAAGGCAACGGUGGUGAUGAUGAUUAUGUCGAAUAG